AGCGCUGGCCUGGAAGCGCUGAACCUGAGAGGUGUACUGGCGGGUUGAACAGUGAGAGGCUUCGGCGGCCAUGGCUCCCAAUGUGCCCGCGUCCGAACCGGCCCCAGAGCAUCCUAAAGGUAUCCGGGCCGUGCUGCUGGGGCCGCCCGGGGCUGGCAAGGGUACCCAGGCACCCAAAUUGGCCAAAAACUUUUGUGUCUGCCAUUUGGCUACGGGGGACAUGCUGAGGGCCAUGGUGGCUUCUGGCUCAGAGCUGGGGAAAAAGCUGAAGGCGACUAUGGAUGCCGGGAAACUGGUGAGCGAUGAAAUGGUAGUGGAGCUCAUUGAGAAGAAUUUGGACACCCCUCCAUGCAAAAAUGGUUUUCUUCUAGAUGGCUUCCCUCGGACUGUGAGGCAGGCAGAAAUGCUUGAUGACCUCAUGGAGAAGAGGAAAGAGAAGCUUGAUUCUGUGAUUGAAUUCUGCAUCCCAGACUCGCUGCUGAUCCGGAGAAUCACAGGAAGGCUGAUUCACCCCGUGAGUGGCCGUUCCUACCAUGAGGAGUUCAAUCCCCCAAAGGAGCCCAUGAAAGAUGAUAUCACUGGGGAACCCUUGAUCCGCAGAUCAGAUGAUAAUGAGAAGGCCUUGAAAAUCCGCCUGGAGGCGUACCACACUCAAACUACCCCGCUGGUGGAGUACUACAGGAAACGGGGGAUCCAUUCUGCCAUCGACGCAUCCCAGACCCCUGAUGUCGUAUUUGCGAGCAUCCUAGCAGCCUUCUCCAAAGCCACAUAUCCAAUCCUUUACCCCUUACUUCAUGGUGGUAGUGGCCACAGACUCCCCAAGCAAAGAUCACCCCAAAAUAAGAUCACCUAUGACAGUGAUCAACUUUUAUGCCUCACUUCAGCUCCCCAGCUCGUACGCGUUUCCUGGGUUCUAUGCUAUGCCUUUUGGUCUCUGGUUUGAUUUGUGGCAAACAGAUGAAUUAAUAGACUACUGUGAGGGACCACAAAAACAGCAGCCUCUGGAAAAACCAUUAGAAAAUCAGUGGCAGGUCCAGUAAAUAAUGCUGCCUGCCCCAGUGUAAUCUGCUGACUCAGUGCAGUGACUCUAAAGUGUCCAGUCCCUAUCUGACCUGAGCUCUCCUGCUGUCUGUGGGACUACCAGAGGGCUUGUCCUCUGUCCACCUGGAAGCUGGGCAUGGGUACGUGGCCAUCUUGCUUUUCUCUGUCUGGUUCAAGUGAGUGUCUGCUGGCUCUGCUCUGCCUUGUUUCCCUGGCUGUAAACUCCGCCCAGUCUGGCGUGGGGUGUUUCUGGGAAAGAAGCACAUGACUUCUGGGAAUGGGCAAGGGAAAGGAGUGAAACCAAAACUGUCAGAUCUGUCUGCAGGGAUCUGGGAUCUUUCUCUGGAAGAGGGUGGCUUCAUGAAUCUUGGAGUCUACUCCUCUUUGACUGGGGACAGUUGCAGGCCCUUGGCUUCAAAGUUGAGGUCCUCGAGUGUUUGUUUAUUGUGCAUGAUCCUUGUGCAAAUAUUUGUCAUCCAUCCGUAUACAUUCACAUGCACACAUAGGUGUGUGUGUAUGAUAUUUGGGCAGCCGGUGAAAACUAGAAGAUCAUGGGGGAUGCAGAUGCCUUUUGGGGGGUGGUUAUGAUUUGAUUUUUGCUUCAUUUAAUUCCAGAGCCUUAACCUCAGCAAGCAUGAGAGCUUUCACUGGCAGAAAAGUGUCCAGGGUUCACUGCAUUUUGGUUGCUGGGGCGUGCAUGCCAGCCUUCGCUGAUAUUUACUUGGUUUUUAAAAACCCAUUUUGUUCUCUCUUGUUU